UAAACAUAAGUAUUUGUGGUGGCAGAUCGUACGGUACGUGUGAAUCGGACGCGGAAGAAAUUUGUGCCGGCUAGACUAGAGGACUAUUUUCUUUUAAAUAUACAUAUACAUAUAUAUCUAAGUGUAAAAACAACAAAUACAAGUGCGAAUAUAAUAUUGUGGAUAGUCGAAAACCAACAAGAAGUGAAGAGAACCAACGAAAGUAGUGAAUUAGCAAUGCAUUAUGUGAUUUGUAGUUGAUAGAUACGCUUUGGCUUAUGGAUUUAUGAGAUACAAAACGAUCGACGACGGCGCACGCACACAAAGCAACAAAAUACCUAGCGCAGUUGUAUAUCUAUACGAAUAGUGUUGUUAGUGUUUUUGCUGAUAAAACGCAAGGCGUUUGUGUGUGUGUGUAGUAGUGUACGUGCCUUUGGAGCGAAUUUUGCAGUUGUAUCGGUGUGUGUGUGUAUCUGUGCGACGUUGCCGCAUGAAUCAUCUGUGAGUGAGACAAAUUAAAGCAGCGAAGCAGAGAUAAUGAAAUAAAAACAAAGAAAUUGUUAUAAAUAAAAUAUAUGUUUGUAUGUAUAAAAUAAUAAUAAAAAUAUAUUUAUAAAUAAAUAUUAAAAAUAAAAAUAAACGGCGACAACAACAACACACCAACUAUAAUAUAAUAAUUUUGCAAGCAUAUCAGCGAGUUGGGCUCACUUGCCAUAGUUGUUGUUGUUGUUGUUAAAUAAUUUAAAAUGCGAAAAUAUACACACUGCUGUACAUACAUACAUAAAUAAUAGUAGUUAGUGAUACAUACAUAUGUGUUGCGACCAUUUUAAACAAUAAACGAAGGGUGAAAUUUCUUUUGGCACAAACGAAAAAAAAAACAAUAACAACAAAGCGCUGAGUGUCUUCCAGCGCUUUUGCAAUUAACGAAAGUAUGCGAAUGAAUAGCCUGGAUGUGCGUUAAAUGACAACAGCAACAGCAACAACAACAAAAAAAUUGUUAUUACUCGAAAGUUGAGCAAUUAACACUUAUUUCGUCAGUGGCAGCAGCAGAAGAAGCGGUGGAAGCAUAAUUUCAGAAAGUGUAUGGAGUUUUGAAAAGCGUUUUCCAUUCUUCUCGUUACAGCUGCAAUAUGGAACAAGAGGAUUCUUGUCGACCUGUACCCGCGCCGCGUCGGCUCUACCCGGAGUUGCGCAAAACCGACUAUGAAAACGUCACAGUUGAGUUGAUCAACAAAAAUCUCAACAUCAACUCCGAGAAUAUACACACAAUCACAAAUUGCAGCGAAAAAGUGCCGAAUAAUAAAAUCUUUUUCGGCACGCACUCCGAUCAGGAAGAUACCAGCAGCUGUGGUACGCGCAAGUCCAUACUAACCGAAACGAAUGACUUGUAUGGUCCGAACGCGAAUGAGGAGGUUCCACCCGCACCCAUCUACGCCACACCAACGCCAGCGCCGCGGCCGCGUAAGCCACAAAAUACGGACUUCGAGAAUGCCAACAGCAUCUACGAGAAUACACAGUUACGUAGUCCGUCGCCAAAAAUGCCAACGCUCUAUCCACAGUUGACGCGCUGCACCGGCGCCAUCAGCAAGGAAACUUCACCCGACACAUCGACAUCCUCCUCGCCGUCGAACAAUCGCUCGGCUAUGCGUAAAGCGCCGGAACUGCCGCCGAAGACGUACCUCAGCGUGGAGCGAGACCGCGCCAAUCGCGCACAGCGUUAUUCCAUCGGUAGUGAGGUGUCCACGACGAGCAGUUACAUGGUGACCAUGGAUGAUCUCUGCGGCGGCGCCGGUGAUCGCUCAUUCAGCGUCAGUUACAAACAGAAGUCGGCGUCCAAUGCAACGCUGAACUCAUCCUUGGACGGGUCGAAUGAGGGCGCGGAUAAUGCGAAAUUCAAAUCACCUUCACCCGGGUAUGUAAGCGAUGUAGGUGGCAAAUGCAAUUUGAACCGUUAUGUGUCGUACAAUACGAGCGAUAUCAGCACUCACGAUGAUGAUGAUGAUGGCGACAAUGACGACGCUGAGGUUGAUAUUGCAUUUGAUAGCGACGAUAGUGGCCGCAAUAACAACAACAACACCAACAGCAAUAAAUUAAACAAUCAAUUCACUUGCAUUACCGGCGGCAACCAAACGAACGACAAAGGCGCAUUCACUGCACCAACCACCGUCAAUGUCCAUGAAACCGCCUUUGCGUGCAAUCAAACUAAAGUCAACAAUGAGCUCUUGAAAUCCAUUGGUUCCACCUCUAAACUACUCACCGAAUCCAUCGGCGAACGUGUGGCGCUCAAGACUAAGGGUAUCAAGAAUAAGUUCGAUAAGAAUUUCAGCACCAUCAGCAGUGAGACAGCGCAGCGCUUGCGUAGUGUUGGUAAAAAUUUCAAUACGAAUUUCACGCUGACCAAGAAAGAGAAAGACAAAGAUAAAGACAAGGCCACAGCGCAAUUCCAUACAGAUCGUCCACAAACACUGCCACCCAACGAUCACGUCUUCGGCACCAUCUCAUUCACCAGUCCGUUGAAUCACAAGACAGGCGGUGUUGAAGAUCUCUCCGCCGAUUGCUCAUAUGAUUUGCCGCGUAAUUUAAGAGCGGCGCGCAGUGAUUUGGAUCUACCCUCGCCACCGUCGUAUGAAGACGCCGUGAAGUCGGCAACGCCAACGUCUUUCGCGCGUAACGCACCCGUCAGCAAGUCGGUGAUGGUGCCCAAACAUAUAGCCGCUGAGGCGGCCAGUGUGGCGUUGAAGAAGCAACGCAGCAAUACGAGUCUACAAAAUGUUUCGGAGGAGUUGCACACCACAGAGAGCAGUUCAGUUGCCACAUCGCGUGACUCAAUGGAUUUACCAUCGCCGCCAAUGCCCAGCUUUCCACCGCCGACACUGCCGAAGGAGGUGGUGGCUGAGAUUUCGGAUGGUCUCUAUGGCAAACUCAAGCCCAUACAGCCACCACAGCGGUUGAAGCGACGUAAAAAUUAUGAAGAGAUACAACUGCGACGUGCAGUGGAUACGCCGUCACCUGUUGGUGGUGCCUCCUUGCGUCCGAAUGUUGAUUCGGCUGAGUUGCAACAAUUGAAUUUGGAGGCCGCCGCCGCGGAACGUGAGGAGUCUAUGCUGUUGCAUAAACAGAUACUCGCCGCAGAGCGUCGUAUGCCGAACCCGGAUCGCAGUGACUCUUGGGAGUAUAUUGGUGACAGUGUGGAGGAGAGCGUGUGUUCGACGCCAGAACCUGUGUAUGCCAACGAGGAGGCCACUUAUGGCAGAGUUUUUGACAUGGCCACAAGCAACAAGUCAACGGCAGCACAGAAUUCUAGAAACUAUGAAAACACCACGAUUAGCAAACCCGCAACGUCUCAACUACAGCCAAAUAAUUUUGUACAGAUGAAACCUGCUGAGGUGGUGUUGGAGGGUGCGGUUGGUGGUCGUGUGUCAGCGCCAGUGGAAAUUAUACAAGAAUUCGAUCCACUUCAAAGCCGCAAAGCUGCCACAAUCUGUAACUCAGAUAAAAGCAAUCAGCUGCUGCUCUUGGAGCAUCUGCUCGAGGAGGAUAUAUAUGGCACAGUGUCGGGAGAUCAAGUCAAAUCCGAUGACGAUGUUAGCAUGUGCACUUCUGAAGAGGAUAAUCAGACUGCAGUUACCGGUACCACAACGGCUAUAGUGUCGCAGCAGCCCCCACCAGCAACGGUGGUACUGCCUACACCGAGCAAUAAACCCACCACAAAUAGCGUCAGAGAUUCCACGAGCCAACUACAAAUUGUACAUCAGAAUGCGCAGCUACUCUCGGAGAGCAUGGAAAACAUGCUGGAUGCUGAGGAGGAACGCGUGCGCCCUUACCUAAGCCGGGUAGACGAACAACCAGCUAGUGGUAGCAAUGUAGACUUGGCACGCAGCGGCGAAAAUCGCACGCAAUGGUUCGUGCAAGACAAUAACAAAGAGAACAAUGAGCAACAAAGGCGUAAUCCCUUCAACAAAUUGAAUAUCGACGGAGAUGGUCCACCAUCCUAUCUGGAAGCUAUCGGCGCCGAUGGUCGUCCACCACUGUCGUCUACCGAACAAAAAUCACGUGCAUCGCGUUUCAUGAACUCUGUCAAUGUAUUCUCCACGAGCGUUAAGCAACGUGUCGGUGCGAUCACGCGUAAAAGCAGUUUCAAAAUAGCACCCAAAUCGGAUGUGAAGGUAACGCUACAAAUGGUGCCACGUCCAACACUCUCGCCAAUGCUGGUGCGUUAUGAGGGACCGUUGAUACGUUUUCCAUCCGGUGUAGUGGAAGAUAUACUGAAAGAGAUGCAAAAUCGAAAGGCCAUUCUCCGCGAUCGUCAAUUCCAAACAUUCCUCGAUCAGGAGAUGAAGACACCCAAAGAGACCAUACCACUUGAAUAUAUUACGACUUUGCAGUGCGUGAGCAACAGUCGUGUGACUGACAAUUCGACGCAUUUCUAUUGCUUUGAAAUAACGACGGCAGUGCCGAAGAAUCAAUCGAGUUCGGGUAAUGUGCAGGCCAUGUCGAAUCCCAAUCUGGUUAUGACGAGUACCUCAUCGGGCAAUUGCAAGCAACAGCGUGUGGCACAUCUGUAUGGUGUGAGCAAGGAGUCGGAGCGCGGCAUUUGGAUGCAAAAGUUGUUGGAAAGCCUGACCAAUACUAUACCACCGAAAUAUCUCUGUCACUACUAUCGCGCCGGUUGGUGUUAUCUGAAGAACUCAAUAACCUCCGAGUGGAGCGGCACUUGGUUAGUGUUGAAGAAGAAUCAAAGACGUUUGAUAUUCGUGAGUGAAGCUACCGGAAAUCUAGAGAAAAUGGAUUUACGUAAAGCACGCUGCAUAGUGCUCAAAGACAGCGAUGAGACCAUACGCAAUCUGCACGUCGAGUCUGGACCGACGCUUAUGAUAGAUUGUCCACCGUUUACGGUAUAUAUGAUUAUGUCCUCACCGCGCGAAACUAAAAUUUGGCGUCAUAUCAUCCGCGAAGUGGCACACAACAAUGGCUUCUCGCUAAUCGAUCAACAAUUAAAUAAAUUCAAUGUACCCGUCAUUGUGGAUAAAUGCAUCAAUUUCGUUUACAUACACGGUUCCAUGUCGGAGGGCAUCUAUCGCAAAUCGGGCUCCGAAAAUUCCAUAUUAAAGCUGUUAUCUGCCUUCCGCGCCGAUGCCUUCAAUGUCGAAAUCACUCGAAAUGAGUAUAACGAACACGAUGUGGCUAACGUCUUGAAGCGUUUCAUGCGUGAUCUGCCGGAGCGUUUGAUGGGUAAACUCUCCGAGAGCUUUAUGUGUGUUACCGAGCUGACAAAAGUAGCCGAGAAGAUACAAGCGUACAAAGAACUCUUGGCACGUUUGAGUGUGAUCGAACGUGAGACACUGAAGAAAAUCGUUGGACAUUUAGCCUUCAUAAGUUCACAGAAAACGAAGAACAAGAUGGGUACGAAGAACCUGACAAUGAUUUGGGGACCAACGUUGUUGCAAAAUCAUCAUCAACAAGAAGAAAUGGUUUACUCACAGAAGGAGGCUGAUGUCUUGACUGAUCUAAUAACGCUUUACAAAAAUCUAUUUCCCUUAUCGCCGGAAGAGAUCAAAAAGGAGCAAGAAAUGCUGAUGUGCUUACAAAAGUACUACGCUGCCGCUGAAACGAUGGCAGACUCUGUAAAGAAGUCAGGUGAUUUGAAGAUGUGGGUGGUACUCAAUGCCAAGCCAGAGAUUACAACUGAGGAAAAAGAUCAGGUCAACGUCACAAUCACACCGACCCGCACCGCUUACGAUAUAUGCCGCGAAUUGGCGCCCAAAAUGCAAAUGUCAACCCACCAAGUCUCCCUACAUGAGAUCAUAUUGAACGAUUGUUUGGAACGCCCGUUACACCAUGACACAAAAGUAUUCGACGUUGUGCUCAACUGGUCCUAUUGGCCCGAAGAUGAUCGUAAAAACAACUAUCUCGUUGUCAAACCGAUCGACACUUUGCGUGAAGUACAACGCGCCGUCAAAAAUCUGGCAACUGUGACACCCGGCAAAGAAUUGAAAUUCGCCGAUAAUCGCACGAAAUCCUUUAAAUCCCUGCUGUGUGAGCUGCGCGAUGGCAAAAUUGUGAUAUCGAAAAAAGACAAAAAUGACAAAACCACUAUCGUACGUGAGAUCUUUCUGCAUAGCACCACAGCGUAUUUGGGUUGUGAGAAGAAACGCGAUUUCCCCUGGAGCUGGGCGAUCACAUUCGUGGAGCGCACGCAAACGCAGAUUUUGAGAUCACGCGAUUCUCCUUUUAUAGGGCAUGUUCUCGCGGGUAGCGAAUGGGUUGAUCGCACCAUAUGGUACUCCAGCAUUUGGUAUAGCUUGUAUGGCGAUAAUAUACUGCCGCCGGCGGAAAUUAUUCUCAAGUAGUUGCAGUGCAAUAAUUUUUAUAAAAAAUAAAAAUAUUUAAAAUUUUUUUUAAUAAAAAUAAGUAGUUUUAAGUUAUUUAAGUAUUUUAUAUAUUUAAUUAUAGUUUAGUAUGCUUAAGUGCAAAGUAAACGCCAUCUUUUAGUAACUGCAGAUCAUUUACGUUUUAUUGAGCAUUUUUGAACCAUUUGCAUUUUUUUUU